AUGGUUGUGGCUCAUAGAGCUCUGAGGGACCAGAUGUUCCGUAAAACAAUGUCGACCUCAGACGCAAUCACGCUCUUUGACGCCGGGGCUGGCCAAGCCCAGGGUGAUAGGAAGCAUCAAGAGGAUCGGUGUGCAGUGAUCUUUCCGAAUCAGUUUCCUUCGAACUUCAAGGACAAAGUUGCAUUCUUUGCAAUCUAUGAUGGGCAUGGUUCUGGAUUGGUGUCAGAACAUGUUAAUCACACUCUGCACCACCUGCUUGGACGGCGUCCAGACUUCGAACGAGAAGAUUGGACCGGGGCCAUCAAGGGAGCACUGGCAGAGGAAGACAGUAUUCUGUUGGAUAGGUUCAAGCAUGAAUCCGCCGAGCCUGCCAUUUCAGGGUCGACAGUGGCAAUCUGCUGCAUUAAUCUCACCAAGGGCGAGCUGGUCGUAUCCAAUCUUGGCGAUACGCAUGUUAUCUUGGCCGAGCGGGACCAUAAAACAGAGCACCCGUAUCACAUUCGACGUCUCACAGAGGCUCACAAGCCCGGUACUCCCGGAGAAAAGAGGCGCAUUGAGAAGGCAGGAGGGGAAGUCAACAACCGCAGCGGCACAGAGCGGCUUGGCUCCUUAAACAUGUCACGAGCACUCGGUGACCUGCAGUACAAGAAUCCGGUUAAUACUUUCACGGACAACUCCGUGGUAGACCCCGCCACGUCGGCAACCAGCCGAUCGGAAUCUCGGGGCAACUUCCUAUCCAAUGAACCCUAUACCUCACGACGGACAUUGCACACAGACCGCCGUUACCUGUUACUUGUGGUGUCCGACGGAGUCACUGAUCGAGUAGACGACACAAACCUGGUUCAGCACGUGAUGAAGUUAUCGAUGCGGGGGAAACGAGCGAGCGAGAUUGCACAAGAAAUCGCCACCAAUAGUGCUAACAAGCGUCAUAGCGAUAAUGCAACGUGUAUUGUAGCUAUGUUGGAUGGACAGGGAUCGUGA